UACAAGCAAAAGAAAUAACUAAUGUUGUGAAAGUUCCGUUAAAGUCUUCAGUGCGUUUGGACAAUGCUAGUAAGAAACCUAAAAUGAUAUCAGUGAAACAACUACAAGAAUGGGCUAAAGAGAUAUCAGAUAAACUGUUAGACCACGAAAGUCAGAUAGUAAGACGAGAUUUACUUUUGAAAGGGUUCACUAACUUAAAAAGUGUACGUCGCAAUGGCUCCGAGAUCGUGGACCAAGCGGCUACAGCUUUAAGUGACCUUUUAUCUAGAAGAGCAAAAGCCGCUGAAGCAAUAAUGAGGAAAGCAGAAGAACUAUCAAAGAAAAAUGUACCUCCACCACCAAAUUAUACGUAUAUGCAAAGUACGAAUCUGGAUCAAUACAAAAAAGAGGAUACAGAAUGGAAAGAAGAUCGUCGAAACUUUACAUUCCCGUUAAACUGUAGAAACCUAAAUAAAGUAAAUUUGUACAAAAGCAAACAUUUCGAUGCUAAUGUAUCUUUGGACACAAGUAGCGUGCAUGUUGCCGUAGAAGUUUUUGAUUGCGAUCCUAAAAUACUAGAACAUCUACAUUGGUCAGAAGGUCUGAUAUCCACUUUCAAAGAGAAUUACGUCCGUGAUGCUACGUUAGACUUUCAAUACAUGUGUAACGCUAAAGGAUUUUUAAGACAUUACCCAGCGGCAUUAUGGGACACCAUGUAUAAACUGAAGUUAGACGUAGAAGAUAUAUACGACUGUCGGCUGCGUCCCUGGUACGUCAGCGCCAGCGGCGCACCACGAGACAUACUCAUUCUACUCGACGCGUCAGGCUCUAUGACUAACUCAUCCAAUCUGCUUGUUGCAGAACAAUUAACAUUGGCUUUACUGAGCGCUCUGACCGACGACGACCAGGUUAAUGUUCUACGCUUCAACGUGACCGUGCGCUCGCCAAUCACAUGCUUCAAUGACAAACUCGUCUCGGCAAAUCACGUAAAUUCUGCAGCCAUAAUGGCGGCUUUAGCUCACUUCAAGAUGUGGAAUGAGACGUGGAUGGGAGACGUUCUUGAAUAUUCGGUGCGUCUACUACAGAAACAGCGCGGGACUCCGGACCGACCUCCAUCUUGUCAGCAGGCUAUUGUACUGCUUACUGACAGCCUGUACGAUAAUUAUACGCAGCUGCUAAACCAUCUUGAUCCUGAAGGUCGGAUAAGGUAA